UUUUUUGCUUUUUUUGCUUUUUUUGCUUUUUUUGCUUGUAUAACCACACAUUUAUAUUCAUAUAAUUGUUUCUGACCUAUUUUUCAAACAUAAAACAUGAACAACACCGCGAAAAUACUAUUUGAAGUCAUCGGAGACUCGCCAGUGCAAAGCGCCGAAGACCUAGUGGUGGCGCUGAGUCAAGCAGUACUCGCCAACAUGGGCCUCCAGACCACCAGCACCAGCAGCGACUCCCAUGCAUGGGCCUCCCCAGGGCUGCCUCAAGCCCACUUCAGCACCAGGCUCACCUCAUCAAAUGACACAAAUGCGACUACAGAGGUCAAGUGGAUUGCAGUAGGCGCCAACGUAAUCAUGCUUGUAGAGUCGCCGAAGCAAAGCACGUCAUCCAUCGACAUAAACACGCAGCGGGUGGUUUUGCCCGAUGCACAGUUCCCACUGCAGGCCUCAAGUGCCGAGGCACUUGCUAGUGCUCUAGAGGGACGCCUCACGGAGAACGCCAUGGCGAUUGUGGCGGCGGCUAUUGGCGCACGCAUCAUGCCCCAGAAUGCCCUUGUCCCAAGGGAGCAGCAGCAGCGGGAGCGCCGCGAGGACUGCAGCGACUAUCGCGAGCGUGGCGGCGAGUAUCAAGAGAACCAGAGCUUCUAUAACCGGCCUCGUGUGAAUGUUGGCGGCGAUGAUUUGAAUCCGCUGCGUCCUGUGUUUGGCGGACCCAUGGGUAUCGGUGGCGGAAACAGCGGCGGGGGCAUGGUUGUUGGCCCCGACCACCCCAUGUUCAAGCAGGGCGGCAACAGAGGGCCUAUUUUGCCCGGUGGCCCCGAGACGCUUCCACCCGGUGCUGUGCCGCCCGGCGCACGCUUCGACCCCAUUGGGCCCUUCGGCCGCAUGCAAGGCCCCGGACGAGGCCCAGGCAGCGGCGGAAACAACUUCUUCAGCGGCGAGCCAAACCCCGAUGCGGGUGGACCGCCAGACAGCAGCUGGAACUACUACAUGUAAUUCCUUUUUUCUUCUAUCUUUCUCCCUCGGAACAAGUGAAAGGGCCAAC